AUGGCGUCUGCCCAGGUCAUAUCGAAUUCUGGCCACGAUGAUAUGAUUCACGAUGCCGUCCUCGAUUACUACGGACGUCGCCUUGCGACAUGCUCAAGCGACCGCACCAUCAAAAUAUUCGAAAUCGACGGGGACUCCCAACGACUUGUCGAGACCCUGAAAGGACAUGAUGGUGCAGUUUGGUGCGUUUCAUGGGCGCACCCCAAGUAUGGAAAUAUACUGGCCUCCGCAGGUUACGACGGCAAGGUCUUCAUCUGGAGGGAACAGAACAAUCAGUGGCAGAAGAUUUUCGAUUUCGCUCUGCACAAAGCUUCCGUCAAUAUCGUCUCUUGGUCACCACACGAGUCUGGGUGCCUCCUGGCGUGCGCUUCUUCGGACGGCAACGUAAGCAUACUCGAGUUCCGCGACAACAGCUUCGACCAUGUGACAUUCCCAGCCCACGGGUUGGGCGUCAACUCCGUCUCAUGGGCCCCAGCCACGGCCCCUGGAAGCAUUGUCAGCAGUUCUCCUGGUCCUGGUUCAGCUGGGGUGAGGCGAUUUGUCACGGGCGGCUGUGAUAACUUGCUCAAAGUUUGGGUUUUCGAUUCAGCAUCGCAGUCGUACAAGCAGGAGCAGGAGCCUCUUGCCGGUCAUACAGACUGGGUUCGUGACGUAGCAUGGUCGCCGACGGUCUUGCAGAAGUCAUACAUUGCGUCAGCCUCCCAAGACAAGACGGUUCGCAUUUGGACGUCGGAUUCGUCGAGCCGUGGACAAUGGAACUGCAAGGUCCUCAACUUCGAUGCAGCUGUGUGGAGAGUCAGCUGGUCUCUGAGCGGCAAUGUGCUCGCGGUCAGCGGAGGUGACAACAAGGUCUCGUUGUGGAAGGAGAACCUCAGAGGCGAGUGGGAGUGUGUCAAGAGCAUCGAGGAAUAA